GACAGCUGCGUCUUUUUGCGGACACUCUGCCCGCACGCUUGUCACCUCAGUUUUACCAACGCGCGUUUCGGCCGACAUGCAUUUCCGCGAGUGAGCAACGCAGGCAGGCCGUUGUGCGAGGUCGAUCAGUCGUCGUCGUCGUCGUCGUCGUCGUGAUCAUCGUCAAUGCUGGUACGCAUAAACUGUGUCGCGUCAUCGUCGUCGUCGUCGUCCUCGUCGUCGUCGUUGUCGUGGUUGUGGUUGUCAUUAAUCGUCGCUCGUCGUGCAAGCUCGUCGCCCAAAUCUCCGGGGUAGUGUGGCUCCGGAGAAACGCGAUAUGUCAACGUCGCGAGUGUCUCGAUCGCGACGAGGGCAGUGACGACGUAUCCGUCAGCAUACACACACCGAUGACGUCAGCGGUAUCGCGAUAUGAUGGAGUCCAUCAGAAAAUGGUUUUACAGGCCUAAGAGGGACGAUACAAGUCUGCUGGCUCAAUUCUUUUACGCUGACGAAUCCCUAAACGCGGUCGCCUGCGAGCUGGACUCCUUCGAUGGCCGACAAGAGCCGGAGAGAUGCACGACGUUGGUGAAUCAAUUGCGACAAUGUCAAGACAAGGUGCUGACCAUCUGUAAUCAGAUUAUGGAUGAUCUGAUACCCGAAAGCCGUGCCAAUCGGGACUUCAGAGUGAAGUUUCCCGAUGACGUGAUGCAGGAGAAUCUGGCUGGACAGCUCUGGUUCGGCGCGGAGUGCUUGGCGGCUGGCUCGUCGAUUAUGAACCGGGAGGCCGAGAGCUCAGCCAUGAGGCCAUUGGCGAAAGCUCUCACCAAAUCAUUGGAGAUUGUCAGGAACUUGCUGAGAGAGCAUGCGCUCAAAGGCCACAUGAACUUGAAGACGCAAAAUCCUCUCGAACCAUCCUUGGAGAAGCUCAUCGAGUCGUUGAAGAUCUUUGAUCGGCUCUUUGCAGACUUUGAGCUGUGUUACGUCGGCGCGAUGGUACCGGUAAAGUCGACGAAGGAAUACGAGCAACAGGAACUCGUAUGUGUACUGUUUUCGGAGACUUUGCAGAGAGCGCUUGAGCGCGGGUUGUUGGACCAAGCGGAUGUAGACAAUUAUGAGCCGGCUUUAAUGUUUACUAUUCCGCGAUUGGCUAUUGUCUCGGGACUCUUGGCGCCACCCGGAGGACCGUUAUGCCUCAAUUCGUCCGAUACUAUAAGCGAGAUGUUUAGACCGUUCAGGAUUUAUUUUCAGACUCUUCUUCUCAAGAUAAGAGAAUUAUUAUGGACGUUAAAUAAUCGCGAAUUAUACAUGUUGGAGAAGUUAUUAUGCUCGAAUGAGGAGCCAUCCAGUUCGAUCACGCAGUCAACGAAAUCAGCGUGUCAGGACAUACCAGACUUGGAGGAAUAUGUUCAUAAUUUUUAUACUGGUUAUCCAAACUGCAAAGAGUUCAUCAUUGACUUUUACACCGUGACAAAAAAUACGGGUAAUAAUAUGGACGAAGUAGCGAGUGAUGCGGUUCAAUCGUUGGAUGAAAGCGGUCCGAGAAUCGACCAGUCGCCGAGCAGGAAGUGCGAACAGGAUAGAGAGGAACGUAGAGAACAGGAGAACGGCGAGGAAACUCGGCGCGAAGACUUAAACAUAUCGUCGGAUGGGUGUGAUAAUAAGGUAAUGUGUAAUAGCGGCGAAAAGACGCGGCAAAUUAAUGGGGAAAGUGUCGGUGAACGAGUGCAAUGCGGACGCGAGCUCUCUGACGUGUUGCGUGACAAUGAACGGUUUCCUCGUGACUGUGAUUCGGUUUCUAAUGGCGAAAAUAAUACCAGCGAGAGUUGCGAUUCGAUGGCGCGAAGUGACAUUGUGAGAUUGGACGUAGCCGGAAGCAGCACUUCCACGAAUAUUAUCGAGAACACGCGAAAUGGGGGAAACUUUAUUACUCCCGACGUAACUCACAUGCUCGAGGGAUGCUCCGACAACAUAGAGAUACCGCAGACGCAGUAUAUGCUUAAUCAAGUCACUCGCGAAAGUACCGUGGACGGCGAGGCCGCGCACAUACCUGACAACUCUUUACCCGAUCUAGAUUCUAAGAGACUCAUCUCGGAGGCGAAUAAAACUCUCUCGAAUCUUCUGCUGGAUUCGAGCGAAUGCCAGAACGAGAUUUCGGAACAAACGGAUUCCGGCAUAUGUACGGUAAUAUCAUCCGAGAACACUAGCUUGUAUGACAAGAGCCCGGAGGAGAAGAAGACCUUCGCCAACGAGAUCCAGAGAGAGGGAUGCGGUGCCUCGGACGAAGAAGACACGCAAGAGAACACUAGUUAUUCUUGCUCCAAUAUGAACUCGCCGAAAAGAAAGAAUCCCGAGAAUUCAUGCGUUUGCAAUACGAGAAGCGCUAACAAGGCAACAUUGGAUCAUUCGAUCGAGGUAUCCGGUUUGCACUCGAAUGGGGAACCCGAUGGAAAAAACAUUCCAAGAAUAUCGUCGAAUUUCGACGGCACUAACGAGGAAUUCAUUGGUGUAGCGUACGGUAAUGGCCAAUUAACCCUGUGUGAUUCCAAUCAGUCCACUUUCCAAAUAAACUAUUCCGAGAACUGGGAAAAUCUCAAUUUAAAUAUCGAUGCGUCGAGCUCCAGGAAAGAGUUCUGGGGAGAUCUGAAAUGUGAGAAUUGCCCGUCCACUUCUCGGAGUAUCGAUGAGAUUGGUAAAAAGAUCGAGAAAUACGCACAGGAUAAAGCAGCGACGAAGAAAACGCGAGACGAGAGGCAACGACGGCGACAUCAGCACAGAUUAGUGGAUCGAAAUACGCAAAGGACCCAUCACGGUAGAAGAGACGCGGAGAAAAGACACCUGCAGAUUAUGCAAUCGGCCACAAGCACCGAGAGCUCCAGAUCGAAUUCUACGGAUCGAGGUUUAAAUCCACGCUUGACCAAUCUCGGCGUCAGCUUGCAUCUCGGUCAAAGCACCAGGCAGAUGCCGAACUUUGGUAGUCACAGUCCGCACAUGAGCCCGAGGCUUCAUCAUUUCGAGUCGCGCAGCACCCCGAGCUCCGGGCAACGCUGUUGCAAUCUCGGAACGCAUUGCGCGAACAGAAACUCAUCGCCGCAGAGCAGAAAAUUAUUGGAUCAUAGAAGAUCGAAGUCCGAGCAGAUCGCGAGGAGCAAGAGAAGAGACGUCGAAAAGAAAGAGAAGCACGAGCGAGACAAGUACGCGCGCACGGAGCCUAUUAACAAUAAGAGAAAACGAGGGAAUGCAAGUUCCGGUAAUCUCAUGAUAAAUGACGGACUAGGCCCAAGGACGGACAAGAGCGGUCUGGUGACGGAGACCGUUGCAAUCGCGACUACACUGCCGAACGCAGCGGUUCGUCACGCGAGGGACAAUAAUUCGCAGAGAUCCGCGCGAGCGAUGAAACAAAUCAACGCGUCGACGGUAUCCGGCGUGCGAAACUCCGAUCAAUCUCUAAAUUACAAGCCAAACGUAGUAGCAUCGAGUUCCAGUUGUUCGAGCUGCUGUGAUUCGAGUUCGGAGACCAGCGAGUUUCAUAGCGACUGCCAAGACGACGAGGAGAUCGCGUUGGCGAUGCAGGCCGCCGAGAUCGCAAAUAGAAAUCAAAUCAGAGCCAAGUUUCGAUCCUCGGAAGAUCUAGUCCAUCGCCUCUUCGUUUGCAUAGCAGGCGUGGCGGAUCAGUUGCAAACAAACUUCGCAUCGGAUUUGCGGAACAUUUUGAAAUGCGUUUUUCUCAUGAACAGUAGUCAAAUAAUAGAGGAUACCGAAGGAUCGAAAGAUGAAAGUUCAGUUUCCACGAAUCAAUCAACGAUCGUAUCAAGCGACACGACGGAGACGGGAAGUAUUCACGAACGGCAAGAAUCAUUGCCCGAAUACGAAGACGCGGAGGAAACCGCAUUGACACACGAUCGAACUUCUCCCGUCACCGAGAGGGGGGAGGAGUGCGUCGAGAGAGCGCCCGCUUGGGUGCCGGACAACGACGCGCCAAGAUGCAUGGCUUGCCAGGCAGGAUUCACGGUCGUGCGACGUAGGCACCAUUGCCGAAAUUGUGGUAAAGUGUUUUGCGGUCGUUGCAGCAGCAACAACGUCCCACUGCCUCGUUACGGGCACACGAAACCCGUGAGAGUAUGCAACAGGUGUUUCCUGUACCAAGUGACGCCCUUUACUACGGUCUCGCAAGUCACGUCCACCAGUUGAAUAUUUCUGGAGUGGCUCGCAAAUCCGAUUAUAUUUUCUAUUUGAAAUCCCCGUGUGUGUUACAUAUUCCCUUUCGAUGUGUGUAACGUAUUCGCGCAAAUUUGCAACCGUUUCUCAAUCGUAAUAAAGUCAUUAUUCUUAUAUAAUAGGAACGAUAAUUCAAAAGAGUUCUCUUACAAUUAGUAGAGCGGGGCAAAUCAGGUGUAAUUAUGUGAUAUACUCGCACAGCGUUACGAACUUUAGUCCAAUGAAUUAGCUGCUGUUUCAUUAGUCGAAGCAGUCGUUAUUCGAUUCGGAAUUGUCAAACUAUUCGGGUAUUUGCUUCUCUUCUUCUCUCCUAUCCUUCUUAAGUGAUAUAUAUAAAUAUACAUUAAAUAUAUAUAUUAUAUCGGAAAAUCUGGUGGCAUUUGAUUUGCCCAAUUCUCCAUGUUUAAUAGUUUGUAAAAAGAGAAACCGCAAAAAAACGCGUUUAUCGAAUAAUGACGAAAAGAGAAAUUGGAGGGAAAUCGCUGUCACCAGAUCACUUUACCGCGUUGUUUAUACACUUACGUGCACUUAAGCUGUAAAAUUAGAUAUACCAGCGCUAAUCGCUCAUAUUUUUACACAUUGUGAUUAAAUAUUCUUCAAGAAAGUGUUACUACGAUUCGUGACAACUGUAACAACGCAAUUUAACUUUGGAUAGAUAGUAAGGUUCCCUGUAAAUUGUUCAAAUUUAUUUAAGAAGAUUAUGUCUCUCUUUUUUCAUGAGAGACUUAAGAUAAGAUUGUAUAGAGAGCUAAUUAUCACAGACAAGAGUGUCUUUAUAUAUUAUUAUUUUUAUUAUUCUUAUAAUGUGUUAUUUUAUUUCAGUUAUAAUAAUUAUUUUAUUAUCGUUAUUAUAUUAUUAUUCUGAUUAUUUCACCAUAUGAAUGUAGCUCUCGUAAGAAUUCGUUGUACGAAUGAAAAAUUAAAAAUGAUUAUUAAUUUCUUAAAUUAUAAUUUUUGUCGAAUUUUAUUAUAUAUAAACUAACACUUUUUAUUUCUGUUCAAAAUGUGAUAGAAUUUGUGUUUUCUAAAACAAAAUAUAUGAAUUUUUAAGAGUUAUCGAUAUGUUUAUAAUAAUUGCGAUGUAGAUAAUAUCCUUUUGGUACAUGCCACAAAAAUCCAUAUAAUAUGUUACAAUAUCAAAUAUUAUCAUUCAGAGUUAUUAAAACAUCAACCGCACACUCAUAUUUAAAAUAAUAAACUUGAGUAAAAUGUUAUUAAUUGCAGCAGAAUUUAAAGUCAAUAUAUAAAUAAAUGUCGUUACACAUCACCGUUUUGAGAUGGAAGAUUCUUUUUGAGGUAUUUAGAUUUCUCGUUAUAUGUAUUGAAACCGAAAAAUUAUUCCAUGUUUGCGUGUUUUUUAAGAAAACUCUUGGGUUGAUAGUCGAUAGAUUAUGAUUUUCCACGAAAGACAAGCUUAAGACUUUCGAAGUAUCAAAUCCUGUAUAGUGUUUAUAUACUUGUGUGAUGUAUAAGUGUGUACAUGCCUGGAGUACAUAUACUCGAAUAACGAUAAUGUUAAGGAAGAGAAUGUGAAAGAAAUUUCUUUUCUUUUUUUUGGGCGUCUAACAGUCGGAUCGCGUCGCGAUAAAAUUUCUAAGCAUCUACUGCCCGUUGAAGUAUUUCAAAGUAUAUAUACAGAUGUGUAGCGUACACGCAUGCACAUAUGAAGACACACACACACACAUAUCUAUACAUACAUACACAUAUACACGACUAGCUCCUCUGUGCCAAAUUUAUGACAAUACGUUUCCUUCUUUGUACAAUUCACACACGAAUUUGGUUCCUAUCAUAAAGCUUGGACAAAUAUUCCCGAUUAUCAGUAUAGAAGCAUCGCGUUAUAUUAAAAAUGUCCGGAAAAUGUAUAAUGAGAGAGAGAAAGAGAGAGAGAGAGAGAGAGAGAGAGAGAGAGAGAAAGCAGUAUUCGAGACGAACAUCCGAUAUAAUAGAAUGUGUGUGUGUGUUUUGAUUAAUAAAAAGACUGGUUGAAUGUACAGAUCGUUGUUUGCUCAUUAUUAUUUCAAGCAUUCGUCGUAAACGAUAUAAAUACUGAAUAGUACAGAUUUAUAUCGUUUCUAAUUUUUACUUUCAAUUAUAUUUUUGUUUCUAUUAUACAGCGAGAAAGAGUUUCUCUCAAUUUCUCCAACGUCUUGUCAAAUCCUCGCAAACAAAUUUCAAUUUGAUGUUUAUAUCAAUGUUUAAAAAUCGAUUAAAAAGCGAAAUAAUGUAUAAUAAUGAUUGACUCUAUUGGAAAUGAUAUUUAGCUUGGGAAAUGUGAUAUUGCGCCGAAUAUUACAAUCAGGAAUAUAAAGAAAUGAACGUAUCACAAUCAUAUAUAAACGAUUAUAUAAAUUGAGUCGAUUCUCGCUGCGGUUAGCUUUAUCGAAGGAAUGGCGUUAAUUGAAACCGAUGUGUAUCGAUUAAUAUGACAUUUAGAUACGAUUAUCGAUUUUCGUUACGAGGACGUAAUAAUGUCCCCUUAAACGACGAAUAGUGAAAUAUCGUUCGGCGAGGUCAGAUUUGGAAAUCGUUGUAUAUUAUAAUCGCGUGUGCAUUGUAAACUAUAGAUAGAACUUCCCGAAGAAAAAAAAAAAUAUAUAUAUAUAUGGUGUCCCCAUGGAGAGUGCUCGUACGAGGUGUAAAAUUAGCUAGAGAGAGAGAGAGAGAGAUAAAUUUAUUUCCUUAUAUAUGUAAGGAACACAUCGAGUAGACAGAAUAUACUUUUAAGAUUACGAACGCGCUUAGAGACGGAGAAGUUAUUUUUUACACGUAAUCUCGAUGCCUUGCUAGAAUAUCGAUUGUACUUUCGAUUUUGGACGCGAGGAAAUGUCACUCUCUGGCUAAAAGUUCCGGAGACCGUUACUAGAUAUUUCAAUCUUCUUAUAUAUGUGCGAAUCAGUUUGGUAACCAGGAUUUUCCCUGUGCCUAAUAUGUCAUAGGCUAGCCUGUGAAAAUAAACUAUAUAUAAAAGCAAAAAGAGAGGGGAAGAGAAAGAGGGGAAAAAAGAGAAAGCAUAAAAGAAAAAAAAUCGGAACGAUAUAAAAUAUAGAGUGGAUCAAAGAUCACGAUGUCAUGUGAAUAUAAAUUCGAAAUUAUACAAGUUUCUCGAAUGUCGAUCUCUAUGCGCGUGUACGAAAAGGGAAUAAUAAUUAAUAUUUAUAUCUCUCUUUUAUGGAACAUGAAUAUAUUGGAAAAUAAAAUAUUACGGUUUAUUUUUUUUUGAUUGGCUACUCACAUAUGCAAAUUGAUUCGUCUAUCGCAGCUGUAAUAUGCUCUUUCCAGCAUGGUGAUGUUGAUUCACUCGAUAUAUCAAAGGAGGGUUACGAUCUACCAAUUAAAUAAGAAAUUAUUCCGAUUAUACGAGGUGUUAGAAUGUGUACCUCGGAAUUAUUUUUGUAUUAUUUGCCUAAGUGUAUGCGCUCGUAGAAAUGUAUCCUUGGCGUGUUUGACGUGGGAUCGCAUUUCGAGUAAUCGGUAACGGCGCGUAAUCCCCAAGGGAAUGGAACGAUGUUGAAACGUUAAUUGACAUUAACAAUCAUGUUUGACGCCGAAUUAACUUGUGAUCGGUAUCGAAAAGCGAUAGAAUUUCUAUAUGCGUGACGUUAUGUCAAUGAUUUUAAAUUAAUGAGGAACGCAACGGGACUUGCGGAUAAAUUGUUAGAAGAAUAUGUGUACGUGUGUGCGCGCGCGCGUGUGUUUUGUGCGUGAAUACAAGUUAUCCGCAAUAUUGGAUCGUGAGACAAUUGAUGUCUCAUCAAUACUUGAAUGCAUUGUGGUUUCGGUAUAAUGGACGUAUUAAAAUACGAAUGUAAAUAAAGUUUGUUAUUCAAGGUG